AUGGCUAUGGUUACUCAAGAACGCAUAAUCCCAUCAACAAAUACACUUGUCAAGUACGACAAUCCUGUAUUAGUUGUAAAGCAUCCAGAAAAACCGGCUAAAGAAAAAUCAGGAACGAAAAAAAAACCAGCAUGUAAAGCCCAGGUUUCACCUGUGACUGUUGAUGUACGACGUGAAACUGCUGAAAUUCUUAACGGAAUUUUACCGCCAAAAGAAUGGGAAGAAGAUGGACAAAUUUGGACCCAAUUUGUCUCCAGUACUCCCGCAACUAGAUUGGAUGUUAUCAACUUACAAGAACAAUUGGACAUGAGAUUACAGCAAAGACAAGCUCGCGAGACUGGAAUUUGUCCAGUACGUCGUGAACUUUAUUCUCAAUGUUUUGAUGAAAUUAUAAGACAAGUAACAGUAAAUUGUGCAGAACGCGGGUUAUUAUUAUUGCGUGUGCGUGAUGAGCUAAAGAUGACGAUGGCUGCUUAUCAAACACUUUAUCAAAGUAGUAUUGCAUUUGGGAUGCGAAAAGCGUUACAGGCAGAAGAAGGUAAAGAAGAUUUAAUUGCAACAGCAGAAGAAUUAAAGCUACAAAAAACAGAACUUGAAAAAACAGUAGCCGAAUUACGACAAAAAUUCGAUCAAGCUGAAAGACGUUCCGCAGAGUUACGUGAAGCUGAAGAAAAAAAACAUAAUGAAGAAAUACAAUUUUUAAAGAAAACUAAUCAGCAAUUAAAGACUCAACUGGAAGGAAUAAUUGCUCCUAAAAAAUAA